UACAGCCAGCAGGCUGCCCAAUACAGGUUUGCAUACAUGCAGCACUUCUUCUUCUAGAUAUCCACAAUUAAUACCCAUACCUGUCCUUUAUAAUUAUGCAGUCCCUCGAACUCUCUACCGAAGUAGAAGACCGACAUCGUUAUAAUAGUUAUACAAGCUAGCUGCUUUAACAUGUUGUCCUCCAUAGAGGCGGCGGAGUCCUAUGUUAUUGGGGACUACAUCGGCGUGGAGAGCUGCCUUGAUCUCAAAGAUCAUGACAACAAAGAGGUGGUAAGCGGCGCAUUAAUGGAGAUCAGUACCAUUGGGCGGGGGGAUGAGUUGGAGCAUAAUAUUGAUGAGUCUCGUGAUGAUUAUGAUGACGAGGGUAAUUACUACAGCAAGUACUGUUGUGGGGAGCGAGAACAGAGGCUGGUGGCAUGGAAGAAGAAAGAGUUUCCACCGCCGAUACCGUUGCUGGCACGCACGGGGAAUCUGCCUUCUCAUAUGCCGUGGGUGCUGAAGAGGCAAUACACCAGCGAUGGAAGGUUGGUUCUCACAGAGGAGAAGGUGAGGCACCACGAGUACUUCCGCGCCCACAGGGCUAAUGGGCGUCUCACGUUGCAGCUUGUGCCUCUCGACAAUUACGACGCUUGGCUUUCUCGAUCUUCCUCUGCUGAUGACGAGCACGACGAUUAGGGCGCCAAUGAAGAGCCAUUGAUGAUGAGCGAUUUUAGAUCAAGAUCAUCAGGAAAAGGAUCAACACGUCCAUGAUAACGAGGAUGAAGAUAUAGUUGAUGGUGAUCAUGAUCACCUCGUGAGUGGGACGGUGACGAUCAGGUACUUGAGAAGGAAAUCUUCGAAAAGGAUUGGAGACCAUCAUUGGUUGAAGAUUCAGCGUCGAUGAAUGGGAGUUCUGGAAUACUGGGUGUUAAUGGGGGCCAGGAAAGUGCUUAAACUACAACAAUAUGAGUACUUCUGGAUCAUCUUCCUGCAUUUUUGGGGUGCCGGUGAUCAGUGCAAUCAGUACAGUUCGUAGCUAGUAGCAUCAAUCUAAAUUUCUAUUUUUUUUUUUUAAUUUUAGUGAUCAAAUGCUAUUUAAUUUUUCCUUGGAAAUCUUGUUAUGUUUAGUCGAUACAUUUUCAUGAGAUGUAUAUAUAAUUUAAUCAUUUACGAUAACGACAAAUUUAAAUUGUUCU